AGCAGCAGCACUAGCAGUAGAUCUCCGAGACGCGGCGUUGCACGGGACGCGACUAAGUAUUCGCGGCUGCGUGAAAAUCAUGGAUGUAAACGUGUAUUUUAAUAUGAUUCGGCAAGAAGCGUUUUCACUUUCUGAACAUGUCGACGGCGUAUCAUUUCACAAACAGAGAGCCGACCGCUCUCGGUGGCGGUCUGCGGUAUUAAGUAAAAUUUGGAGCAUCAAACUUUUCUCAAAUUAGAACUUUCUGCGGUUAGGCUAUAACAAUUUGAACCGUGAGCUUCUGACGGAAAGGAAAUCUUUGGCCUUUUUUCUUCUAUUGAGAUCCAGAUACUAGCGAAGUAUUACUGUGCUCCUGUGGAAGUAAUUUUCUUUUACUUGAGUAAAUCUAAAUUUAUUUGUUCGCGACAAAAUGGGCGUGAGCGCCUCCCUCCCCGUGGAGGACAUGCCCCAGAGCCCGCCGCCUUGGGGCCUGUUCGACGAGAAAACGAACAACAAGCCGGAGGGGUACGGGCCCAUUCUCUACCACGCCCAGAAUCGCAAGGCGGAUGGGACGUUUGCCAUCAAGAAGACCCUGCCAACCGGGGAAAAGUCGGUGGUGGAGGUGUUUGUCAGUGGCUGCAAGCGGGGCGGAAAGGACAAGUGCGCGGGGUACCGGAAGUUGAUCAAAACGCACAUGUAUGGAUUGCAAAUAUGUCUGGGUCUGGAAGAGUCGUGGUUUGUCAUGCACGUGUUGCGUGACCUGUGGGGUCUGUGACGCAGGUCUUAGCAUCACAGGUUUUUUGAGGGGUGCUUAAGUAAUGCUUAUCACGCAGGAAGAAUGCCCUCUCCGCAGGCCAAGAACUGGACUCCUCUAGCUGCUCAUGCAACACACAUAUUUUUAGAAUCCGCAGACAGGAUCACAAGUUCCACCACCCUUCCAGACCCAGACAUAUUUGCAAUGCAUACCAUGGUCGCAGACACCCCGGGUGGCAAGGAAUUUGAAAAGUUGGAGCUGGAGAACAAGUACACCUGGCUCACGUACGACGAAUACAAGCAUAAGGUACUAAGGACAAGCAUUAAUAUAUCCAGUUUAGCGGGAAAAUUUUAUGCGGAAACUAAUUCAGAUGAAACUCGUCACAUUUUUCCUUUCCAUUUUCAUCAAGCUUGGACUUUUAGUCCGAAGCAUAGGAUCAUGGAAGAAGACCUGCAGUGGUUGUGGUUUUGGAUGAGGUUUAUUUGAGACAAAGUAUAAAUACCUUUAUAGGUUUUCUCUUUCGCCGCCGGCUUUGACGAGUUUUGCGACAAGAUUGGGCAGCGAAACCAGAGCAAAAAAUCCUUUGAUCGCAGCAAAGUGGUGAUUUACGCCGAGACCCAGAUCGACUGGCUCGCGUGCGCGCUUGGGUCGUUAAGUCGCGGGCUGCCGAUCGUUACCAUCUACGCUACGCUCGGCGAAGACGGAGCCCAGUUCGCCAUGAAUCAAACAAAGGCUGAGGUAAAAAAACGGCUUCAGGAGUUCAUCCUAGUUGCUCUCAGCUAAAGAAAUAUUCCAGUGAAGAUGUUGUUGUACUAGCAGCGCGCCUGGCAUCAUGAUAGAGGAAGUAAGUGCAUAAAAAACGAAUGAUUCCGUUUUCUUUCGAUGGUAAUUAUCUGCUUGUUCGUUGAAAAUUAUCCAGGUCGUGAUCUGCGAUGCCAAGUUGCUGAAGGUGCUUGUGAACAUUGUGGACAAACUGCCCAGUUUAAAGUACGUGGUCACCAUGGGGGACAACAUGGACGAAAAGCUGCUGGCGAAGCUGAAAAAGGUGAAGGUGAUUUCGGUCACGGAGUGCAUGGGUCUGGGCGCCGAAAUCAUCAAGGGCAAGCCCGAUGACUACUUCAAGCCCGGCCCAGAUGACCUCGCGGUCAUUAUGUACACAUCAGGUAUAAAACACCGACAACUAGAAGUACUCUUCUUGGAUAAAAAUCAAGGUUUACUUCAAUUGUCUUGACGUACCAGGGCGGAAUAAACACAUGUACAUCAUAUGAGAAGUGUCCUCUGCAGUCCUUGGCCAGGAAAAAAACUAUACCGAGGUGACACUCUAUUCAGACUGCAAAAAAUUCUCAAAUCGCCACACCUCCUGCUUAGGUACGACCGGCGCGCCCAAGGGGGUGCAAAUGUCGCACGGGAAUUUUGUCGCGUGCAUUGUGAGCGCGAGCCGGACCUUGAGCAUUGUGCAACCCAAGGAGGGCGAGAAGAAGAAGAAGUCGAAAAGCAAGAACCCGGACCUGCCCGACAACGUCUUUAUGGCGUGCCUUCCGAUGGCGCACAUCAUGGAGUUGGCGACGGAAGUCGUGUGCGUGCACGGCGGCGUGGCCCUCGCUUACGGCUCCCCGCACACGCUAACCCCGUCGGGCGUGAAGCUAAAGGUUCCCGAAUCUAUGGGCGACGCGCAGCUGGCGCAGCCGACGCUGAUGGUUUUGCCGCCGGCCGUGCUGGAAAAGGUGUACAGCAAGAUUAUGGAGGGCGUCAACGAGAAAGCGCUCAUCAAGUGGCUCUUCAACUACGCGCUGGAGCAGGGCGAAAGGAGCAUCAAAUCCGGCGAGGGGAUCGGAGCCAGCAAAAUCGCAAACGCCAUCGUCUUCUCGAAACCGCAGCAACUGCUCGGCGGCCGGGUGAAAGCAAUGGCAAGUGGCUCCGCACCUUUGGCGGCGGACCUCCAUCGGGCACUGCAAACCAUCUUCUGCUGCCCGAUAAGGAUAGGGUAAGUACGACACUUCUUCGAUUCAUCUCGAGUGUCAUUUUGCUGAUGAAAACACGACUACGAGAGUUUUAGUUUUUCGCAAAUUAUGCACGAACGAUCUUUGGAAGGUACUACGAUCGGACACCGCGCUCGCUUAAGUGGCUAAGCACAAGUUUUCUUUCGAAAAAAACUCCACAGGUACGGGCUGACAGAGACGAUGGCGAUCGCAGUGGUCGGCGAAUGGGCCGAUUAUGACUUUGGUGUUUGCGGGCCACCAACCGAGUCCUGCAUGCUCCGCCUCCACGACUGGCCCGAUGGCAACUACCUGAAUAGUGACGUCUUCAACAAGAAAAUUGGUACAAGUAUGCUUGAUGUCCUGUGCAUAGUAAGCUUGUGCGCUUUUCCUUGUUUGGAGUAGUUGUUGACAUUCGACGCGCUUCUACAUCCCAGUUUUUAAUAUCCACUUGCGGGUAUCAUGUAGACGUACACGCAACUAAAAAUGCGAAAACUUUUGAGGUAUGCCGCGCGGCGAGAUUUUGAUCGGUGGUCCGUUAGUCACGCUCGGGUACUACCAGGAUCCGGCCAAUCCGGACCCGGAGUUGGACAAGAAGAAUAAGGAGGAUUUUUUCACCGACGGUAACGGUGUGCGCUGGUUCCGCACCGGGGACAUUGGGCAAAUCAAUCGCAACGGUGUGGUGCAGAUCAUCGACCGCAAGAAGGAUCUCUGGAAGGGACCGCAGGGCGAGUACGUCGCGCUGUCAAAGAUUGAAAACAUACUAAAGCUGCUCCAGUUCGUGGAUAACUGCAUGAUGUACGGAAAAACCGGCGGCGCUUUCCCCGUCGCAUUCAUCGUACCAAACGAGAAGGCCCUGAAGGCAGUCGCGGAAGAAGCCGGCGUCACGGGGGCAGCAGGGAAAUCGCUGGCAGACUUGUGCAAAGACGACAAGGUACUUAAUGCAACUUGAUGGCGGGCUUCUUUUUGCUGUUACUUAGUUUGGGUCAUGUAGUUUUUGGGAGAUUCUAUUACAUCCACUGUUCAUCUGGUUGAUGCUGAAAAUGUUGAGAUGAGUUUAAUCACUUGGGAUCAAAAUGCACCGCGAGGAAUCACUGCACGGGAUAAUUACACAGGUGAACAAGGCAGUCAAAGACCUGGUGAACGCGCACUGCAAGGGCGCCAAGAUGGUGGCCUUUGAGUAUCCGCAGAAAAUCCAUCUGUGCGAAGACGUGUGGACCCCGGAUACCAACGAACUGCUGACAGCGCAGUUGAAGUUGAAGCGACCACAGAUUGUGACUUUUUACAAGGACACCAUCGACAAAAUGUACGCGUAA